AUGUUUUAUAAUUUUUAAACGAAGGGGAAAUAACUCAAAAAACAAACGUUCGCAAACGACCUGAAGUUUUCAAAGUCCUGUCAGUGGAUUUGUCUAAAGCACUAAAUAAUUAAGCUUACACAGAAUGGCUUCAUUAGACAUAAACAAGUUAGAUUUAUAUGCGAUUCUUGACGUAUCUGAAGAGGCUACAGAAAAAGAGCUUGUGAAAGCAUACAGAAAACGUGCACUAAAAUGCCAUCCUGACAAAAAUCCUGAUGACCCAAAUGCAGCUGAAUUAUUCCAUAAGUUAUCCAAGGCCUUAGAACUGUUAACAGAUCCUGCUGCACGUGCAGCUUAUGACAAAGCUCAAAAAGCUAAGAAAGCAGCAGAGAAGAGACACAAAGAACUUGAUAAGAAAAGACAAAAACUGAAAGAAGACUUAGAAUUACGUGAAGGAGAGGUUUUUAAACAAAAGGAAACUGAAUUUACAGCAACAAGGAAUUUAGCAGCAGAGGUUGAGAGACUGAGGAAAGAAGGCUCACGAUUACUGGACGAAGAACAAAAUUUACUGAAGGAACAGAUUAAGAAAGGGAAUGAGAGAAUAAUUAUAGAUGAUGUAGCUGAAGAAAUAAAGACACCAAAAUUAAAGAUUAAAUGGAAGGCUAAGAAGGGUGAUGACAGUAAUGGAGGCUACUCAUAUGAUGUUUUAUACAAUCUUUUACACAAGUAUGGUGAUGUCCUGAACUUAAUUAUCUCCAGGAAAAGAAAUGGAAGUGGUAUUGUAGAGUUCAAGGACAGAAAUGCUGCUAGCAUGGCAGCUCAGUUUGAAAAGGGUCUAGCAGAAAACCCCUUGACAUUUAUUUGGCUUGAUGGACAAGUUGAAGCUACUACUACUACCAGUCAGCCUACUGUUGUUUCAAGUGAUGACACUGACUUUGAGAGCAUAGUACUUCAUAAGAUGAGACAAGCAGAGGAAAGAAAGAGACUGAUAGAACAAAUGAAAGAAGAAGAUGGAAAUAGCUGAAUAAGAUUAAAUAUCAGAUUAUGGGACUGAUAAAAGUACAGUGCUACUGGAUGAUAAACAGUUGAUAGAACAUGAUGAUGAAGAUCAAAAAAAGUCUGGAGUAGUCAGAAAACCAGCUGAUCAUUUUCAUAUGACUUAAAAUUAGAAAAUUAAAACUAAAUAACUUUCCUAAGAAGUUAUGAGUGGUCAAAACAGCCAUCAAACAUGAUUGCCAGCAGUACUGAGGAUAGAAAUUGGAUAAAAAAUAGAAUUUGAAAGU